GGCAGUGUCCCCAAGGCGGUGGCCAAGAUUCGUGAAACGCUCGCGUGGCGUCGUGACUUUGACGUCGCUCGCGUGCGCAAGGGCAUGCACGGCGACGAUACCGAAAUGCGCGAGAUCCUCUUGCGCGAAAACGAGACGGGUAAGAUCUACUGUCGCGGCUUCGACGCGCAAGGUCGGGCCUUGAUGUACAUGCGUCCGUCGCGCGAAAACACCAACAACGAACUCAACAACAUGCGCCAUCUGGUAUGGAGUCUGGAAAAGGCCAUUGCCUGUACGCGACGCAAAUCGGUGGAGCUUGGAGCCACCGUGCCGCUGGAAAAAAUUAAUCUCGUGAUUGAUUACGACGGCUUCCAAAUGCGACACGCCCCGCCCAUGUCGACCUCCCGCUACACUUUGGAUAUUCUACAGAAGCAUUAUCCGGAACGCAUGUACCGGGCGUACGUUGUGCAUCCGCCGUUUGUCUUUCGGACGUUUUGGAUGCUGGUCCGACCCUUUGUGGAUCCCACAACCAAGGAAAAAAUUUGCUUCUGCUCGGGUAAAAAAGGAAUUCAGAAAUUGACCAGUGCCGUGACAGACGUGCACAAGUUGGAACCCUGUGCGGGAGGAGAAACACCCAUGCGGGAUUUUGAUUCGAAAGAAUAUAUGACCUUGCCGCUGAAUCAUGGUUUUGAUGAGUAG